CUCUCUCUAUAUGUGUAUAUAUAUACCUACCAUUCUCUUCCACAAAAACACACUAUCACUACUCAAAAAUGGGACAAAACCCACUUAAGAAAAACUUGUCAUUUUUCCUCAUUCUCCUAUGUGCAUUUACAUGUGAAUCGCGGACGCCAUUCGCAUGUGACCCAACCAAUCACAUAACAACAACUCUGCCGUUUUGCAGCGUGUCUCUUCACAUAAGAGAUAGGGUUAAGGACUUGAUUGGAAGGUUAACUUUGCAAGAAAAGAUUAGGUUACUAGUGAAUAAUGCUGCACCCGUGGAUCGACUAGGCAUUAGGGGCUACGAGUGGUGGUCGGAGGCGCUUCACGGCGUCUCCAACACCGGCCCCGGCGUCAAAUUCGGAGGCCAGUUUCCCGGCGCCACCAGCUUCCCUCAAGUUAUCACCACCGCCGCUUCAUUUAACUCCUCCUUGUGGGAAGCAAUUGGCCAGGUGGUAUCUGAUGAAGCAAGAGCAAUGUACAAUGGAGGCGUGGCUGGGCUGACCUAUUGGAGUCCAAAUGUGAACAUUUUCCGGGACCCCAGGUGGGGGAGGGGUCAAGAAACGCCCGGUGAGGACCCAACGGUGGCCGCCAAGUACGCGGCCAGCUACGUGCGGGGGCUGCAGGGCAAUGCCGCCGGAAACCGGCUCAAGGUUGCUGCCUGCUGCAAACACUACACUGCCUAUGAUCUGGAUUUCUGGAACGGCAUGGACCGCUUCCAUUUCAAUGCCAGGGUAAGCAAACAGGAUUUGGAGGAAACGUACAAUGUGCCUUUCAAGGCUUGUGUGGUUGAAGGCAGAGUUGCUAGUGUUAUGUGCUCAUACAAUCAGGUCAAUGGCAAGCCCACUUGUGCUGAUCCCAAUCUCCUUCGCAACACUAUUCGCGGCCAAUGGCGUCUAAACGGGUACAUUGUAUCAGACUGUGAUUCAGUUGGAGUCUUGUUCAACGAUCAACAUUACACUGCCACACCUGAGGAUGCUGCAGCUGCUUCAAUUAAAGCAGGUUUGGAUUUGGAUUGUGGGCCUUUCCUUGCAAUCUACACGGAAGGAGCCAUUCGCAGCGGCAAAUUGAGUGAGGCUGAUGUAGACCGGUCCUUGGCCAAUUUGCUUGCAGUCCAGAUGCGCUUGGGUAUGUUUGAUGGCCCAAGACAGCCCUAUCUUAAUUUGGGACCGCGGGAUGUGUGCACCCCAGCCCAUCAACAACUGGCCCUUGAAGCAGCCCGACAAGGCAUUGUUCUUCUACAAAAUCGAAACCGGGCUUUGCCGUUGUCUACUACUCGCCACCGUACUGUGGCCGUCAUUGGGCCCAACUCAGAUGCUACGGACACAAUGAUAGGAAACUAUGCCGGAACUCCGUGUGGCUACACCACUCCGUUACAAGGUAUAUCAAGAUAUGCCAAGACAAUUCAUGAAACGGGAUGCACUCUCGUAAGCUGUGCCAGUAACGAUCAAUUUGGCGGGGCUGAGGAGGCUGCUCGACGCGCUGAUGCAACGAUCCUAGUUGUGGGUCUUAGCCAAGUGAUCGAACGUGAAGCCCUUGAUCGAAAUGGGCUUCUUUUGCCGGGACAUCAACAAGAGCUUGUAUCAAGAGUAGCCAAGGCCUCUAGAGGGCCCGUAGUAUUGGUCCUAAUGUCUGGUGGCCCAAUUGAUGUUACGUUUGCCAAAAAUGAUCCACAGAUUGCUGCCAUUUUGUGGGCCGGGUAUCCGGGUCAAUCCGGAGGAACCGCAAUUGCUGAUGUUUUAUUUGGGACAAUCAAUCCAGGGGGAAAGUUGCCUAUGACAUGGUACCCACAAGAUUAUCUAGCCAAGGUGCCCAUGACAGACAUGGCCAUGCAUGCUGAUCCAUCAAGAGGCUAUCCGGGUCGGACUUACAGGUUUUACAAGGGGCCGGUUGUGUUCCCAUUCGGGUAUGGGCUAAGUUACACCAGCUUCAGACACACUCUUGCCAAUGGCCCAUCCAAAAUUUCAAUUCCUUUUACAAGCCUAAAAGCUUCCAAGAACACCACUCUAUUGAGUAAAGCAAUUAGGGUUUCACACACAAGUUGUGAGACUCUAAACUUGGGGAUGCACAUUGAUGUGGAAAACAUCGGAGAAAUGGAUGGAACACAUACAAUAAUGGUGUUCGCCUCGACCACAUCGUCUGUCGGAGAAGUUGGCCCGGAGAAACAACUGAUAGCAUUUGAGAAAGUAGAUGUGGCGGCAAAAUCGAAACAGCGAGUUAGGGUUCAUAUUAAUGCAUGCAACCAUUUGAGCAUUGUGGAUCAAUUCGGGAUUCGAAGAAUCCCAAUAGGUGAACACAAUCUUCACAUUGGGGAUGAUCUUAAACAUACCAUUUUACUCCAAAAUGCUAUGGAGGAAACAAAUUAAGUCUUAAUAAGUUGGAUAUGAUAACUCAUAAUUAGUUUGUGAGUGAAAAAUGUAAUGAUUUUAAUUUGUUUCAACACAUCAGUCAUCAAGUGUAAAAAAUGGAAAUGGUACUUGUCAUAUGAAUUGAAAUGAAAGGGGUGAUUACUAUUGAACCAAAUA